AUGGCCGCACAUAUGGGUUUCAGUGGCAAUGCCGCUCCUCCCAGCUCCUCGUCAGCACCAGCUCCCACCGGAGCUGCCACCAUGGAUGCUGACAACAGCUCCAUCGGUCAGGAAGGGAAGCCGGCGAUAUUCGCAGCAGGUGAGGAUUGGGAUUCAGAGCAGAAACUGGUAACUGCUUUGUCAAUGCUGCAGCAGAUGGAAGCAAAGAUCCAUCGUCUCCGAAACCUCGUUCCAAACCGCCUGCUUGCGCCGCUGGUUCCCAUUGUCAAUCCCGAAGCGCGCAUGCCAAUCCCGAGUUCCCCGCAAGAGAUGUUCGACCAGCUCGCGCAAGCAGCUCGCGCCGGAGUGGCCGAAGUGGAAAUUUUCCAGUCUGAAUGGCGCAGCCCGGAGAUGGCGGCGAUCUGGACUCGGGUAGAUCACAAGUUAAACGAGAGCGGCGGCGAGUACCCGCCCACGACGGGUGUGUGGGAACGGGACUACGACAGCAUCUCGAGAGCGCUCAGCAGGGAAGAGCAGACGGAGAAGGAGCAGAGAAGUCGGCUGGAAGAAGAGGAGGAAAAGAGCAGAGUGGUGGUGUUGGGAGAAGGAGGCGGCUGGAGGGAUGUCGUUGAGAAGUACAGGAAGCGAGAUCUUCCGAUAGCCAUCCAUGUCCCGCGUCCGGCCGACAGCAGCGGCCGCUUCGCCGUUGCGAUCCCGAAGCUUUCGUUGCAGCUCUAUGUCCUCCAGGGCCCGUCGUCCUAUGACGACAGCCAAGGUCCGCGGGAAUGGCAGGUGACGACAGUGCCGCGAGGGAACACGUCCAAGAUGGAGGCGGAAAUCCUGGAAUGCAUCAGGUCCAGAGACAAGAAAUGGGACCUGCCCUAUCUUUUGACUAACCGACUGCUGCGCCCAGCUGCCAACCGUCCGAAAACCCACUCAAAUCCAGUCAACGUCAACGUCAACGUCAACUGA